GAGUUCUGCUGAAAUUGUGUUGCCAAACAUUCUGGACAAAGAAUUAGGGUCUUCGGCUUCUUCGUGACUUGUGGCUAUUGUAAAUUAAUACACUGAAUAUUUUAAGUACCAUUUAGUUGCUGUUAAUUGCUGUCUGACACCUUGUGUCGUUGCAGCCUCCAUUCAGAAUGUGACAGCUGUGUUCGGGGAUGCACGGCAGGGCAGGGAGCUGUGUGGGGGUCAGGCUGCACGCUGGGAACAGGCUCUGCACCUGAGGGCGGCGGGCACAGCCCUGACCUGCUGGAGUUCUUUACCUCAGUUACAGAUCUUGCUUUUCAUGACAGUUAAUGGCUUGGCAGGGAGUGACAGAAUGUUUCCUAGCUCCUUUUUGUGAUGCUGUUGUGUUGCUAAACUUUGUCUUAGAAGUAGUUAUCUGCUUCUUUAUUGGCUGGUGGGAAAAGUGGAAGUCAUCUGUGGUGGGGAAGUCUGGAAUAAGCUGAUUUUUCUCUUGUAACAGUAUGAAAGCUCAUAGAUUCCUUAUCAUUAGUAACCCAUAAAGUAGUAAAAGUUACUUUCAAAAAGCCAAGUUCUUCCAGUGCCAUCUUUUAAUGCAAAAUAACUAAAAGUGCUUUCCUAAUUAUAGUUCUUCCUUCUAUCCUUAACAAUAACACUUGCAAAGCAGUGGCAGUCAUCUGACAUAAAGAAAGAACUCUGUUUCCAGAACCCGGUCCGUCCCGGGCUUCUGUUGCUCAAUGAUAUUGGCCCUGUUUAUCAGCAGGCAACCUGUCACAUUUCACUCAGGCUUGCAUUACUUCCUAAAAUGCAGUGAAGCAUUUCACACUAUGGGCAUUAAUUGCACUGGAACUGGGAUUUCACUCUAGCAUUUUCCUGGAAAAUUCUGACGCUACACCUCAGAUACAAGAAAAUAAGGGAAAUGCCAUAAGAAAUAUUGUAUUUCUUAGUGGUGGGAUAGAGGAGUGGGGACAGAGAGAGAAAGCAUCUGUGCAAAAGUUAGUCACUGGUUGAUCCAGUUCUCACACUAUCUGAAAAUUGUGGAUUCUCAUUAAAUGUUUGAGGAGCGUAUGGGGAAAUGGGAGAGCACUGUUAUGUUCAGGUCUUACAAAGUAUUUUUUCUUCCUAACUGUGUCUCCUUCAUGCAGUUGUACACUGCAAGUGAUGCUUAAUAGCAAACUGCAAGCUUGCCAGGCGCUGUGCUAAUGUUGUCACUAUAGGGAGUUAAUGCUCAGAAGCUGUUAUUGUUUUUAUCGUGGAUGUUGCACUGUGUGACUUUUAUUAUGUGUACAAUUUAUGCGGUAGAAGCAGAGAUACUUAACACCGUUCAUUUUUGGCUGUACUCUUUCUACAUGAAUAUGUAUUUCUACGUACGAUAUACAUAAAAAAAUUAAGCACAAAUACAGUGUGCACAGUCUCGAGUCACACAGCUGCACAAAGAACUGGAAUGAAGCGUUGUGUGUAUGUGACAAUUGUCUCUUCCAAGCCACUCUCAGUAACAUACCUGUGCUCUUAUGCUGUACACGCAGGCGGUGAGGAGGUGCUUUGCCUCCUUGUGAAACAUCUGGUGAGCCACUUGUGGGGAGUCAGCUACUCCCCUUGCUGGCUGAGUGACAGUCCCACCAGUAUAAAAGGGCCCUGAGGGGCAGGCUGUGCUGGGUGCAGCUGAUACAGCAGCAGGACGAGGGCUUCUUCUAGGGACUGCAGCUGGAAAAGCUGUGCUAGGUUGUAGCUACCAACAGGUUAAGCUACACAAAAUGCGUGAAAUCGUGCACCUUCAGAUUGGCCAGUGUGGAAACCAAAUUGGAGCUAAGUUCUGGGAGGUGAUAAGUGAUGAACAUGGGAUUGAUAUUGCUGGAAACUACCGUGGUAAUGCAUCGCUGCAGCUUGAGCGAAUUAACGUGUACUUCAACGAGGCUUACUCCCAUAAAUACGUGCCCCGUUCUAUCCUGGUGGACCUGGAGCCUGGUACAAUGGACAGCGUACGAUCGAGCAAAAUAGGCCCACUAUUUCGACCCGACAAUUUUAUUCAUGGUAAUUCAGGUGCUGGAAACAACUGGGCUAAGGGCCAUUACACAGAAGGAGCUGAACUGAUUGAAAAUGUCAUGGAUGUGGUCAGGAACGAGUGUGAGAGCUGUGACUGCCUUCAGGGAUUCCAGCUCAUCCAUUCGCUCGGUGGUGGUACAGGCUCAGGUAUGGGCACGCUCCUCAUCAACAAAAUCAGAGAAGAAUAUCCCGACAGGAUUAUGAACACUUUCAGCGUUGUGCCUUCACCCAAAGUAUCUGACACAGUUGUAGAGCCCUAUAAUGCCAUCCUCUCCAUCCAUCAACUAAUAGAGAAUACAGAUGAAACCUUUUGCAUCGACAACGAAGCGCUGUAUGAUAUAUGUUUUAGAACUUUAAAGCUCACCAAUCCCACCUAUGGUGACCUCAAUCACUUAGUGUCCCUAACAAUGAGCGGUGUUACAACCUCACUCCGUUUUCCUGGUCAGCUGAAUGCAGACCUGAGGAAGCUGGCUGUUAACAUGGUGCCCUUUCCUCGCCUGCAUUUCUUUAUGCCAGGCUUUGCUCCCCUAACAGCGCGCGGCAGCCAGCAGUACAGAGCCCUCUCAGUGCCAGAGCUUACUCAACAGAUGUUUGAUGCACGCAACAUGAUGGCAGCCUGCGACCCUCGUCGUGGGCGUUAUUUGACUGUGGCAUGCAUCUUCAGAGGCCGAAUGUCUACCAGAGAAGUGGAUGAACAGUUGCUGUCUGUCCAGACCAAGAACAGCUCCUACUUUGUGGAAUGGAUCCCUAAUAACGUCAAAGUGGCUGUGUGUGACAUACCACCGCGAGGACUGAAGAUGGCAGCUACCUUUAUUGGCAAUAACACGGCCAUUCAGGAGCUGUUCAUCAGGGUUUCUGAACAGUUUUCAGCUAUGUUCAGAAGAAAAGCGUUUCUCCACUGGUACACCGGUGAAGGCAUGGAUGAGAUGGAGUUUUCUGAAGCAGAGGGAAACACCAAUGACCUUGUUUCUGAGUACCAACAGUACCAAGAUGCCACUGCAGAUGUUGAGGAAUAUGAAGAAGUAGAAGUGGAAGCUAGCCCAGAAAAGGAAACAUAAAAACAAUGGCAGUAUCAAAACGUUUUCCAAGUAAGCCUGUUGUCAUUCACUAAAGGAAAAGCAUUAGCCACCAGCCACAUACCAAAAAUAACACCUUCCUUAUUUUCCUCUCCAAUAUUACAAUACAAUGCUUUUGAAAUUAACAGCAGGUAUGCUUUACUUUUCUAUCUACACCAAAUCACUCCCAGAAAAGAUCCACUACGAAGGCAGGUUCCCUCAUAACAGUCUUGUAGAUGUAUUCCCUUCUGGGAUACUAUUGCUAGACACUGAAUGUAAUAUACAGCUUGUGUGUGUGUAUUAGGAUCAUAAGCAAUAACAAAAGAUAUUAUAAACUCAUUAAAUUUACUUAUUAUCAGGUAACCACAGCCCAGGUUUUGUCUGUGAGCUUGCUACUGUGUUAGUCCUUACAGAUGUGUGUGUUCCCAUAAAGGCAGUGUGUCGUUAUGCACUCUAGAGAUGAGUCUAGAGCUGCAGACAACUUCAGUUCCUUUAGCAGCAGAAUAAGGGGAAAAAAAAAACCCAAAAGACUAAAUAUUCACUUUUUUUUUUUUAAAGAAAAAGAGGAUAUACUUUAAUAGUCCUGUCACAUUGCUGGUUUAUGUUAUUGCAGAGCUUGUACUCAUUUUGUGGUUUAUUUCAAACUAUAGCUUCAGUUAUACUAGCAUACCACAUUGUAAACACUGUUUAACAGUUUUGGCAUGGUGUUUUGUUUUUUGUUUCUCUCCUUCUAUGUAGUAACUAUUGUAAAUUUUCUUCCUGUCAUUCAGUACAGCAAAACAGAUGGAAUGGUUUGCAGCUAGAUAAGAGAUGUAAAUUCAAUGGCAAUCACUAAAUAAGAAAAAUACCUUGAGGGAAAAAAAAAUGGUGCCCUUUACAGCCAUCUACUUAACAUUGCAUUUAUAAUAUUCUUUGAAAUAAAAAUAUGUAGCACUCUAUAAAA